GCGUACGGUUAUCAAUGAGAGAAGUGCACAACCGGAGAGGUAUUAGAUUUGAAAGGAAAAUAGACGAAUAGAAGUGACUGUAGUGAUGAAACAGAUUGUGGUUCUUGGAGCCGGAGUUAACGGGCUAUGUGCUGCCGUCCAGUUGGCUGAGUAUUACUAUAAUGUGGCCAAGGUGACGCUGAUCUCGGAGGAUGUUACUCCCAACACUACCGGUGAUUUGUCGGCGGGACUGUGGGGUCCGUACUAUUGCGGCAAAACGCCAGAUCACAAAAUUGUAAAGUGGUCCGCAGAUACCCACGUUUUCUUCCAUCAGCUGUGGAAAAAUGGCCUCGCCGCCCGACUCGGAAUCAGCCUGCAACCAUGCACCCGACUCACAACGGAUCCCAAAGGCUAUCCGGAACCGUCCUGGAAGGAUAUCGUAUUCGGUUGCGUCAAACUAUCCCAGAAGGAGCUGGAACGGUUAAGCUAUGAACACGGUCGAAGCUAUACCGGCGGUUACCAUUUCGCGACCUUUACCUGUCAACCGGUAGGACUGUUGCCGUAUCUGUUCAACCGGUUCAUCAAUGUGGGCGGUCGAUUCGUGCAGACCAAGGUGGACAGUAUCGAAAGUGUUCUGAGCGGGAGGAAGGUGGAUUUGGUCGUGAAUUGUACCGGACUGGGAUCGAUGAGCAUGCUGGGCGACAAAGAAAUGCUACCGAUUAGAGGACAAAUUGCACGAGUUUGCGCUCCGUGGGUGUUCGAGAUUAUCCUGGACGAUAGCGACGAUGGAAAUUAUGUGAUCCCGAACACCGAAACCGUAAUACUGGGAGGAACCCACCAGAUGAACGAUUUCAAUCGGAAUGUUAGUAAGGACGAUAGCAAAUUCAUCUUCGAUGGAUGCGAACGAAUGCUGCCGAGCCUGAAGAACGCUGCGUUGGUACAGGAACAAGUUGGAUUGAGGCCCGGUCGAAGCACUGUUCGACUGGAACUGGAACACUACAGAGCAGGUAAUUUAACCGUCCCAAUCAUCCACAAUUACGGCCACGGAGGAUGCGGUGUAACGUUAGCGUGGGGAUGCGGAGCAGAAGUCUUGGAACUCAGUCAACAACUUAACUUGGACGCCGACAGCAAAUCCAAACUGUAAAUCCUCGGAGGGCAAACGUUCGGAUGCAAUCAAUUUCAACACAGAGUAUAUAAUACUUGAAUGAGAUUUAUCGCCUACACAUAUAUUCCUUUAAAAUAGCAGCAUAAUGAUAAGAGUUUGUAAAAGAGAAAUCCUAAAACAAUGCCAGUUGUCCUAUCGCCCAUCACGUGGGGAUAUUGUGCAACUGAUUUACCGACUACGA